AUGAGCGUAUUUAAAGAAUUUUGCGAAAGGCGACUUAACGAUGCCCUCAACACUGUCUCUCUACAUCGUAAAUUCACGUUCUCGCUUUGUGUAUUUUACUUCGCCUUUUCUCCGGUGUCGAUUGUUGGAAAUCUCCUUUCAAUUCGAGCCAUAUACAGAGUCACAUCACUACCCGCGUCUUUUAAGAAGCUUCUUCUAAGUCUUGCUGUCUCUGACCUUGCAGUGGGAUUGUUUUUACAACCCAUGUAUGGCACAAUGAUUGCCUUGGAGUUGAAUAAGGGGAUCAGUCAGUUCCUGUGUCCUUCUGUCCUGACGAUUCAAAUAUUCGUUACGUUAUUGGUGGCAGGAGCAUCUUUCAUGACCAUCGCUGCCAUUGCACUGGACAGACUUCUCGCUAUUUAUUUACAUAUGAGAUAUCAAGAGCUUGUAACGCCAAAACGAGUGGGAAUUGCUUUGGCUCUUCUAUGGAUUGCAGCAGCUUUUGUGGCACUAGCUUUCAUUUCACUGUCAGACCUUUCUGACUUGAUCGCUGUUAUAACCGAAGUAUUGGGAUUAGCUGUCACAUCCGUGGCAUACUUUUAUCUAUACAGAGUCGUUCGAUAUCAUCAGAAUCAAAUUCAAACUCAGUGCCAGGUUCAAGACCAAAAUGUUGCGCAAAUAUCUAGAGAGAAGAAGUCAGCUCUGAAUACCUUAUGCGUGUAUGUCGUUUUUCUCACUUGCUAUCUUCCAGGGUUAUUAUCAAGUAUUCUUCUGAUAAUUGAUCACUCAAACACAUCGUUUCAAGUGGCUUACAACAUGUCUUUGUUCAUGGUUCUUCUCAAUUCGUCUUUAAAUCCAUUUGUGUAUUGUUGGAGAUAUCGCGAGAUUCGACAAUUUGUCAGAAGCAGCUUUAAAAGAAACGUCGACAUAUCGUAA